GAAGCAGUGGUGCACAUUACAACACAAACACUGGAUGGCAAACGAGACGUUGAAUGGCACAUAUAUGUUUAGUUUUUGUCAUAUUAAUUACUUCCUUCACAGUUAAACUUAUGGAUAGUUGUGUUCUCACAUUUGUUAAAUAGAAACCAGAGCAUUUAUUCCGCUGGGUCUGUUGGUGUUACGGUACAGAGUGCUAGCUGGGAGCACAUCGGAGGGUGAUUUAAGUCCAUUGUAUUUUGGUAACAUAAGCAGUAAACCAUGCCUACCGUGGUCUUAAUGGACGUGUCUCUGUCCAUGACACGGCCAGUGUCUCUGGACGGCAGCGAGGAGUUUCAGAGGAAGAACCUGGCUGUCCACGGAUUAAAUAUGUUGUUUGAACACAUGGCCUCAAACUACCGCUUGGAGUUUACAUCCCUGAUGGCCUUCUCUUCCCUCUGGGAGCUCUUGGUGCCUUUCACCAGAGAUUACAAUGCAUUACAGGAGGCUCUGAGCAACCUGGAGGACUAUGACAAGACCUGUAUUGAAUCAGCUCUCAAUGGAGUUAGCAACGUGGUACAGCAGGAGUGGGGCAGUGCCUGUCCCUGCCAGGUGGUGCUGGUUACUGAUGGAUCUCUUGGUAUUGGAAAGGGUUCCCUCCGUCACUCCCUCCAGACACUGAAGCAUCGUGCUGAUGACAAGAAGUUCCCACUUCCUUUCCCUUUCCCGACCAAAAUGUUCAUCAUGGCUGUAGCCAAUGCAGAGGAGUUACAAAUGACUGAUGCCAUGGACAACUUGGAAGAGCUACUACGUCUAAGCGGAGGUGACGGACAGAUCUUCACCAUGGAGGGACCACUUUGCAUGAAGAGUGUACAGGCUAUGUUUGGGAGGCUGAUUGAUCACGCAUAUUCUCCCUUCCACGCUGUCCUGCACUGUGGGAACUUGUCCUCAGAUGUUCAGGUGUUCCCUCGGCCUGAGCCUGUUGUGAUGGAUGAAGAAGUAGAACCCAUUCCACGUGCAGUCAAUGCAGAUUUGGAAAUUGUGGGCUUCAUUGAAGUCGCUGACAUUUCAAGUCCUCCUGUUAUAUCCAGACACUUGGUACUGCCUAUUGCGGUAAACAAAGAGGUGGAUGACGUCGGCACAGGAACCACAGAUGAGCUGGAGGAGGAACCCUCUGCCAGUCAAAUGGCAGGCAAAAGUCCAAAUUUUUGUGUCCUUUUACAUGGCAGUCUUAAAGUCGAGGGCAUGGUGGCACUGGUCCAACUGGGACCAGAGUGGUACGGCAUGCUGUACUCCCAAGCAGACAGCAAGAAGAAAUCGAACCUCAUGAUGUCUCUGUUUGAGCCCGGUCCAGAGCCUCUGCCUUGGCUGGGCAAGAUCACACAUUUGGGACCAAUAUCAGAGGCUGCUGAAAAUCCCUACGGAGAGGAUGAUAGCAAAAGUCCUUUCCCUCUGCAGCCGCAGGCCAAACGAAGCUAUGCCCAGAAUGUCACUGUGUGGAUUAAAGCCAGUGGACUACAGACUGAUGUGCAGAAGAUCCUGAGGAAUGCAAGAAAGCUGCCAGAUAAAACUCAAACCUUUUACAAGGAGCUGAACCGUCUUCGGAAGGCUGCCCUGGCUUUUGGUUUCUGGGAGCUCCUGAAGGGAGUCGCUGAUCUGCUGGAGAGAGAGUGCACCCUGCUGCCAGACUCAGCACAUCCGGACGCGGCUUUCCAGCUCUCCCAUGCCGCACAGCAACUCAAACUGGCAAGCACUGGUGACUCCCAGUAUGCUGCCUUUGAUCACAACAUUGCUCCCAUGCACACUGACUUUUCAAGCUGAAUGAAUAGAAAUGGACUAGAAUAUAGCAGCAUCAGCCUGUGUGGACCAACUUUGAGCUGGAUGGUGUUUAAAAAACUCUUGGAAGGAGCUGCGUCAAGAACCUACGUGCAACCCACGAGUCAGACUGAGAACUUUCACUCCCUUGACGCUGCCGAGACACGGCAAAACGUACAUAAUGAGGUGUUGUAACAUGUUAGCGUGUACAUAUGCUUUUUUACAUGUUCCUUUGUAGGAUGUUUUUCACAAAUUGACCAGAUUUAAAAUUCAUUUUUAU